GUGAAUUUUGACCCUUUGGAAACCCUGUAGUCUGACAGGGAAGACAGCAUGGAGGCAAAUGGAAAAAUAAAUGAGCAGGAGCAAGUCAGAAGACAAAGAAUGGACACAUUCCAGGAUGUAUUCCAGAAAGUGGAGAAGAUUGGGGAGGGCACCUAUGGAGUAGUAUACAAGGCUAGAAACAAACAGACAGGCCAGUUAGUUGCUUUGAAGAAGAUUCGUCUAGAUUCUGAGACAGAAGGAGUGCCCAGUACAGCAAUCAGGGAAAUCUCUCUGCUGAAAGAACUGAAGCAUCCAAACAUAGUCAGGCUUCUUGAUGUGGUACACAGCCAGAAGAAACUCUAUUUAGUCUUUGAAUACCUGAAUCAGGACCUUAAAAAGUACAUGGACUCAUCCCACACAGGGGGACUUCCUAUGAGCUUGAUCAAGAGCUACCUUUACCAACUAUUACAAGGGGUGAGUUUUUGCCACUCACACAGAGUUAUCCAUAGAGACCUAAAACCUCAGAACUUACUCAUAAAUGAGAUGGGAGCCAUCAAGCUAGCUGAUUUUGGCUUAGCUAGAGCCUUUGGUGUUCCACUACGCACCUAUACUCAUGAGGUUGUAACAUUAUGGUAUCGGGCUCCUGAAAUCUUACUGGGCUGCAAGUACUAUUCAACAGCUGUGGAUAUCUGGAGCAUUGGCUGCAUAUUUGCAGAAAUGGUAACCAGAAAAGCCUUGUUUCCAGGGGAUUCUGAAAUUGAUCAACUCUUCCGGAUUUUCCGCGCUCUUGGGACACCUACUGAAUCACUCUGGCCAGGAGUGACUCAGCUUCCUGACUACAAAGCGAAUUUCCCCAAAUGGCCGAGAAAAGACUUGAAGGUGGUAAUUCCACACUUGGAUCGGGAUGGACGAGACUUAUUGGCUCAACUACUAUUGUAUGAUCCCAACAAGCGCAUAUCUGCCAAAGCUGCUUUGACCCACCAGUAUUUCUGGCAGACACCACGGGACGCUAGAGAACAACGUGUAGUGCAGAGGUAUGGCCCAUGAGAAGAGGCAGUUCUGGAGUGACCGAAGAAGGUGGAACCUGCUUAUCUUUGUUUAAAUGUCCUCAAUCUUUUGCUUGGGUUAAUAUUAUAUGUAUCUAGAUUUGGACUAUUCUAAAGGGUAUACAAAUUGCAUCUUGUUCUUUAAAUAUUAAGAAAAAAUUCUUGGUUCUUGUAGCAUAUGAAGAGGAGAAAUAUGACUUGCAGUCUUAAGUUUAACAUCUACUUGGACUGAUGGAAUGUGACAAUUUUUUAAAACUAAGUCCUGUUCUUGCAGUCAUACAUUAAUCUUUGCUGUGGUUCAGAUACUGCAUUGUAAAGAAAUUCAUUUUAUUGAUUCGGGCUGUACUAGCACAGCCUUAAAAAAAGUGUAGGGCAUCACAAUUUUUGCUAUCACUCUGAGGUUUCAUUCUUCCUGCUUUUAGUAAAGUAACGUAUUUCUUGUGUUCACAAUGCUAUUAGCAUCUAACCAUGCUCAACAAAAAUCACUGAGUGGCGUGCAUAUGGGGCACACUUUAGUUUAUUUCUUUAUCCUUCAUCAUAUGGUCUCUAUUCUUUGCCAUAAUACUUGAGAAAACUCUUUUCUUCCAUCCAAAACAAGAUGAAUGUGGUCUCUGAAUCAUCUAAACCAUUAUACAUUUAAAAUGGUGACCUCCAUUGUUAUUGUUUAUUGAAAAUAAAUACCAUUGGAGUUAUUGUAAUUGCUAAUUCAAUGAAAAUAUGAAAGUCUCUGAUCAUCAGUGUAUCAAGAAGGAAGCUGUAUGAGAUAGGUACUGCAAGAUGAUAAAGGAUUUGGACUGACAUGAUUUCUGAUCGUGUUAAUUCUUUGGCCCUCAGCCUGCAUGUAAAUUUUGGCACUGUCAUUUUUCUCUUGUAGCUACAUUCAGUGGAUGCUUUCACCUAAUAAAUCCUUUUCUGGUUUA